AAAAAGGGCCGGAGGACUUUUUCCCCUAAUCCACCUUCCACGUUUCUUUUUUACAGCAUUCCAACCUUAUUCACUCACAACCUCUUCACGUACAAAGUUCACCUCUUAUCAUCAAUCCUUAUUUUUUCAAAUUCUCAAAUCUCUGCAAUCUUCUUCUUCCCCACAAUCCUACUUGCUCCUCACACAAAAAACCAUAAACUAAUUCAGUCCCGAGUGCUAUUUACCUUUCACCAAUCUCACCUUUAUUUUGUUUUCAUCAAUUUCCUCUGGUUGUUGUGUAUGUUUGUUCUUUUUUACAGGAAAGAAGACAUCGGAGAUCGAACAAAUGCGACGACAACAACAUGUUCAAUCCGGAUCAAGAACACUCGCACGAUUAUCUCGAACACCAAUUCUUCAACACAACGACGAUUAACCAACAACAACUCAUCGACACAGCUCCACAAUCCAAUACAGCUUGCAUCUGUGAACACCGACAACAACGUUCAUCAUCAUGAUCUGCAAUGGAUGAUGAACAACAAGCUUCUUUCAGCGUCGACAGUAUCGUCAUCACCGCUCGUUCAACCGACCCGACACCAAUCGAAGCUCAGCGGUUCAAAGCGGAUUUCAGCACAACAACAAUCACUGCGAAGACCGACUCAACUCAGCCGGGAAACGAAUCCAAAUCACCGCCACUUCUGCCUGUGAAUCGGCCCCACACGAUUUUGAAUCAAGACAAUAUAACCAUAAAAUAAGCCAUAUGCGUACAAUAAUCAAAUGAACUGAUUUUCCAUUCAUAUUGAUAUUCAGAUUCGUUGUUGUUUGUUCACUUGCAGAUUGAAGGAUGAACAAAUAGGAUUCACGCGCGGCCGCACGGACUUUGAUUGCCACCAGCCCACGCCGAUGCUGCAAGGACCACCGCCCAGGUGCGGGAACUCACAAGCCGCCGUCGAUUUGCAUUAGAUUGAACAGCAGAGAGAGAGGGUUCUAUCGUGAGAAGAAAGAAGAAUAUACAGGUUGUUUGAAUAUGGAAACAAAAGGCCGUAAACCGUUCUUCCUCAAUUUCAAGAAAGUGCCAACACAAUUGAAGAUUUUCUGCGACAACAUCUCUGGUUCUCUCAAAUUCAGUGAUUCUCUCAAUACACUCAUAAGUUUGGUACGAACUAAUGUGGAUGAAGUUCUUCUCAACACCAUGGUUCAAUUCUAUGAUCCGUUACUACAUUGCUUCACUUAUAGAGAUUUUCAGUUAGUACCAUCCUUGGAAGAAUUCUCCUACUUGCUUGGACUCCCUGUGCUUAAUAAAAUUCCUUAUACUGGUAAAGAAGAAGAGCCUAAGUUGGAAGUCAUUGCUGCUGCCCUGCACUUGCCAAGAUCAGAAAUUGAGAAGGUUUGGAUUAGUAAGAAAGAGUAUUCUGGAUUACCCCUUGAUUUCCUCUACGAAAAAGCGGAGAUUCUUGCUAAAGCUUCAAGUAUGGAUGCCUUGGAAGCUGUGUUGUCUCUCUUAAUUUAUGGACAAGUUUUGUUUUUCCAUUAUGACAAAAUUGUUGAUGUGGCUGCUAUCAAUAUAUUCCUUAGCAAGAAUCCGGUUCCUACUUUACUUGGUGACUUGCUACAUUCUAUUCAUUUCCGAGCAUCAAAAAGGAAAGGUUGUGUCCUAGGAUGUGCUUCUCUAUUGCAUAAGUGGUUUAUUUCGCACUUACCUCUCUCCGUAAGAAAGAAUGAAGAAGGAUUAACUUGGGCUCAAAGAAUUAUGAAGCUUUCUUUCGACGACAUCCUAUGGUACCAAAAGAAGUUUGAGGGAACCUUGCUAUUUGAUAGUUGUGGAGAUUUCCCUAAUAUACCUCUUCUUGGUGUUCGUGGAGGAAUAACUUAUAAUCCCAUUCUAGCUCGACAUCAGUUUGGCUUUGCCUUGAAGGACAAACCGCGUUCUUUGUAUCUUAGUGCAAAAUAUUUCCAUUAUGAUUCCGACAAAGAGAAGAAGAGAGACCUUUUCAUCAAAGCUUGGAUGAAAGUAAAGAAAGUUGGCGCAAAGGAUAUAGGAAGGAGAAAUUAUAUGCCAUGGGAUCCAUAUUUCCAAUGGGUUUAUGAUCGAGUUAUGGAAUUUGGGAUGCCUUAUCCAUCUGAUACGCCCAUAGUUCCAAGGGUAGCUCCUCCUGCUGCCCCAAUUGCAUUUGAGCCAUAUAUUCCUGCUCCAAAUGAAGACCUGGUUGCAACUGUUAACCGACUGAAAAGGGAAAGGGAAGACUUUGAGAGACGCUUACUAAAAGUGGAAGCUGAAAAAGAGGUGUUAGUACAAGAUGCCAAAGAGCGAGAGACUUUACUUGAUUACUUUUCCCGCAAAUGGAAGAUUGAAGAUUUUGUUUCUCCAGAUCAGAUUAAUUCAUGGGAAAACGAAAUUUCUAGGCUUGUUCAAGAAAGAGAGGAAAUGAUCAAGGCACACAAGGAAGAAGUCCGGGUCCUAAAGAGGAAGCGUCGUCAGGAAGACAAAAAUCCUGGAAUUUAGUGUUUUUAUUUAUUAUUAAUUUCUUUUAUUUUAAUGUAACUUUUGGGGUUAUGACCUUACAAUUUAAUUAAUAAAUAAUGUUUUUUCUUUGUUUCAACACGAGUUAAAAUUCUUUCAAUUCCUUGAAAACAUUGCAUAUGCAUAAUCAUAUCAUUCAUAAACAUUACAUCACAGGUUUCAUAAAAGCCAAUACCUCAUCUUUCCGCUGUUUAUUUCAGUAAGAAAGAUGGAUCUCGAACAAUCUGUCAAAAAUCUUCAGGCUCAGAAUAACCAGUUCCAGAAAAUAAUCUUUCACUUAGCCAAGGGGCAAGAAGAAUUAAAGGCACUUCUGUCCGAGAAGGAGAAGGACCAACAAAGGGAGCAAGGUGUGCAAGAUAAAUGGAAAUCCAAACCUAAGCGAUCAUUCACUCCGUUGCACAUGCCGAUGUCUCAAGUUCUGCAACAACUGCUCAACCAGAACUUGAUAACCUUAUUACCUUCAUAUUCAAUCCCUACAAAUCUUGCUCCUGGGUAUAAGUACCAUGCGAGAUGUGCUUAUCAUUCGAAUAAUCCUGGUCAUGAUACAGAGAAUUGUGGACCGUUGAAACACAAGAUUCAAGACUUAAUUGAUGAAAAGAUCAUUGACUUCAACUCACCUAAAGAACCUCACAUGACUAAGGCUGUGUACAAUCGGAAAGGUCGCAAUGAACACAACCAAUCUGUGGGGACAUUUCUGAUUUCUACACCAGUUCCACAACAAAGGCGCAAGUCAGAGGCACCUAAACGACAGUUCACAAAGAUCAACAUGACUUUGGCUGAAGCAUUACAAUAGAUGUUGAAGAAAGGGCUAAUUACUUUAAGGGAUCCUCCUGUGAAGCCCAACACUUCCGCUCCUAGCUAUAAGCCCAAUGCGAGGUGCGCAUAUCAUUCCAAUAGCCCUGGACAUGAUACAAAUGAUUGUUGGCCAUUGAAGAACAAGAUUCAAGACAUGAUCGAUGCUGGUGAAAUUGAAUUCAAUCAUCCCAAGACUCGUGAUCACUGCUCCCAUUCCUAGUCACGACAAGAUUGAUUAAUGUUUAGAAGGAUGAACUUUUUAGAUCAUUAGACUUACUUUCAUUUGCGAUUUCUUUUCCUGUUUGUUUAAACAUUGGAAUUAUGAUAGACAUUAUCUGUUUUAAUAAUCAUCAUCAGUGCAUUGCAUAUGUUUGUCUUGAAUAAAUUAUUUCGCUAUCACUCAUUUUAAAUUAUGUCUUUACGUUGCAUAUGUUUUAUGAUACUCAAUUCCUGCUAAAGCUGUAAGCCUUUUGAGGGAGGAUGACGAAAACGAUACCGCAACUUCAUACAGUAUGCUUUUGAACGGACUAUGUUGACGAUGUACAGGCAUUAUUUCAAUUCCUAAAUAGUGGAGAUAUAAGGAUGUUAAUCCCUCGUCAACCCCUUUUGAGCCUAAGAAGUAGAAGUUUCUUUCUUGUGCUAAUUCAAAACCCUCGCUCAUAACCUGGGGCAGGGUAGUUCUCAGUUAAUCUGGCUGUGCAUUCUAUUUUAAGAGAAUCAUUCAGUACACAAAGGUUUCAAUCACAAGCGUUCAUCCGCACACAUCAAAGAAGUGUUGGAGAUGUCAAUCAAAAGACAAUGAUGGUUCAUCAAUCAUCAAACAAGGCAGUCAAUAUCUUUCAAAAAAGAAAAAAAUGAAAAAACGUAUAUACAAAGAAAAGCCUGCUAAGUCAAAAAAACAAAAAGAUAACUUAGGCAAAAUCAAGGCAUCCCGCUGACUGUAAGCUCAAAAUAGACAGUUCAGGCAAAAGUUAGGGAUAUCAAAAAGAUGAAAAAAGAGAGAAGUUAAUAAAUUCCUAAACAACUCAAAGUUGUGAAUACCAAAAGGAAGAAGUGACUGUCAUCUCAAAAGUUCUCUUUGCUUGCGAACCAUCAACAUUAUCAAGAUCUCUUGGAACCCGAAUGCAUAAGUUGAAUUAACUGAGUUUAGGAUCGAAGAACAUCACGAAGAGGGGUGGGUACAAAUAAACUUUGAGCCUUUAUCCUUUGCUUCUUAAACCGUGAACCAAGCCACGUUACAACCCUUGAAAGUCCUAAUUGAAGCAUGGUUAGUUCAAAAGUAUACUGUCACCAAAAAGGUAUCCUGACUCCUUAAGGUUUACCAUAAAUGCCGAGUUGAUUUCACGUUUUUACAAACGGCAUGCUGUUUUAAAUAUCAUGUUCUUACAAAUGUCAUGUUUUUACAUCUCCUGCUUUAAUGUUUUUCAAAAACUCAAGACAAACAUAUGCAUUGCAUCUCAUGAAUUCAUUAUUAAACAUAUUUUGCUACAUAAUUCCAAAUGUUAGCAUCAGAAAGAAUUUGCACAGGGUAUAACUAAUGACUCAAAGUUAUCCCGACCAACACAGAUUACUCCAAGAAGCAGUGUCUCCUACGUAUACAUGGGGCAUGGCACGUUUUUCCCAAUCAAUCUGGGGCAAUCAAGUCAAGAUUCCGAGAAUCUCUCAGGAUGCCAAAACAAUCAGGGGCAUCAUCAUAAGUUUACGAUUACUAGGGGCAUGUCGCCCAUAGUGCACAUCUCAUAAAGUCCUCGCGAGGCGAAUCUUUCCAAAGUUCCUACUAACUGGGGCAAACCUACGCAAAUCCAGUUUGACAUCUUUAUCAAAUCUUCAGUGGCGUGUCCUAAUCAAAUCC